UCUUGGCCAGCUGAUCAUCGGUUUCAGUUGCGUGUGAAGUCUCCACGUGUUUGGCAUCGCGGAACCAUAAACAAUUUGUAAAAUGAAAAACUGGAAACCGGAACAGGAACAGGAACAGGAACCGUGUGACAUAGAGGUGCGGCAGGUGGGCGAAGGGGAAACGGAGGAGCUAAUGGCCUUCCUGCUGGUCCACUACUACCGCGAGGAGCCACUCACGGCGGGCACCAGUCCACCGGAACCGGAGGCGGCGGACAAGGAGUUCCUGCUGUCCAACGUGCCCUCUGGCACCUGCUUCAUGGCGCUACAGGGCGGCAGGAUAGUGGCUGCCGUGGUGGCCGGACCCAAGGACGCCCAUGAACCGGAGCAUGUGGCCGAGGAGGCCAGGAAGCAUGCCGGCGGCAAGUGGGGACGAAUCCUCCACCUUCUCUCCGCCGUGGAGAGUGCCACCGAUGUGUGCCGGCGCUUCAAUGUUCCCAGCUCCGUGCAUGUCCAUGCCCUGGGUGUGGAUCCCCAGAUGCGGGGUCGCAACCUCGGUGCCCGUCUCAUGGAGGCCGUUGCCCAGCGCGCCCGGGAUCUGGGCCACCUGCUCGUCUCCGUCGACUGCACCAGUGUCUACUCCGCCCGGUUGGUGCAGCGCCUGGGCUACCAGCUCGUCAACACCCUGCGGUAUGUGGAUCACCUGGACGCCAGUGGAGAGCAGGUCAUCCGUCCACCGCCGCCACACGAAAGUGUCCAGACCUUCGUGCUGCACCUCUAGGAACUUGUUGCUGGGGGAACCUUAUCACCACGCCACCAUAAACCAUAUCAAUUCCUUAUCGGUGGUAUAUCAACCUUACCAACUCUGUACAAAAAAAUGACAACCGAUGGGCCUGUAAAAGGUUAUUACCAUGGGCAUAAUUCGGAAAAAAACGUGUAUGUUUCUAAACGAAAAUUAUAUUUAUAUUGUACAAAUGUAUUAUUUAUAAGUUAACUUAUAUCACUGCGCACAGCAUUUAUGAAAUUUAAAUGUAUAACUCGUAGAUGAACACUUUGAAUUUCUCUACUUGUUAAAUGUGAG